AUGAAACGGGCGAUCUUCCUGAUCAGUCAUCUACUGGUCGUAGUUUCUCAGCCAUUUCCCCGAGACCUCAGUAAGUUCUAGCCUUGUUUUCCGUCUUUUAUCAGCUCCAUCUGUAAUGUUACGACUGAACGCGAAGACGACGACUCGUUUUUUCGAAACUUAAAAUAAUAUUUUUGCAAAAAACAAAAAAAGUUGUCACGGUGACGAUUUAUGGGCAGUAAACCAUGAGUAAGGCGCCGACUUUGGUAUUUUUUGGAGUUGCUCUGAGAGAUUCAUUGGUUCAAAUAAUACACAAUAAAAUAAAAAUAAAAGCAUCCAAAUUAUAGAAGGUUUACUUGGCAACCUUUUAUUUGGGACAAUUCGGGGUUUGGCCCAAUAUUUAUAAUAUGCAAUGUUGCAAAAUUAUUGAUUUGACUAGCUAUAGCCAAUGAGUUGGAUGAAAUGAUAGUCAUCAUUUUUUCCGUUUGGAUAGUUAAACUGUCAGAAUGGGGGUGAAACGUGAAACCCCGGAAAUAGCUACUCUAAAAUAAUACUUACCUGCCUCAAAUGAAAAUCAGCCCGGAUGAGGGAUAGCCGUUUAUUUUGGAUGCUGAUGUCCUAAACGAUCUCAUAUUUUUUGUCUUCUGACCCCAGAAACCCGGUUUCUCCUUGUUUCAAGUGUAAUUUGCCUAAUCGAGGUUCUUUUUUUGUAAUUUCAUUUCUCAAUCAAAAACGGGCUUGCACCCAUCGACGGGAAAUGAGACGCGCACUAAUUAUUAAUUAAUAUCGACUACUUUUGGAGAUUGUAAUGUUUUUCAAAGCAAAUAUUUAUUAUUAUUGAAUGACAAAGUUGAUCGGAAUGUAAAUAUAAGGUGGCAAACAACUUAUUUUGUGUUAUUAUUACUCUGAAUUGACUAGGAAAAGAGGAAAAGUACACUCUGUAGAGAUGAUGGAUCACUUUCUUAUCUCUCAACUCCGUCAUUUUUCUCAGCCAUCCUGAAUAUUUUACACUGUAAAUUCUGAAGAAUUUGUCAAUCCGUCGCAUGAUUGAUUGAUAAUAAUAUAUUGUUGUAGAAGUGAAUAGACUGUUUUUUUUCAAGUCAUGGUACAAAGAAAAAAGUAGAAAUUUUGGGGAGAAGGGUACAAGCCGCCUGUCUCUUUAAGAAACCGCCAAAGUUUUAAGACUAAAAAAGGGAAAGAGAUCGCUGGCGAUGGAAGUUGUAAAUAACGGUGUAAACAACGCUGAGAAAGAGAAAAACAACAUAAAUUAUAGGACCCAGGCAUUUUCAGACAGAAAUCAUUUCAGGGAUCAAUGCUUAAAGGAGCGUUUUUUACAACGGGAAACGAGGCCCGGGCAUUUCCAAAUAUCGACUACCUCAGAAUUGUUUCGAUUUUUGUAAAUGUCCGGCCUUGGUUAUUCGAAUCUGUAAAGAACGCUCUUUUAAACAGUCAGUAUAUAUAAAGGUGGUCAUAUAAGAUCUCGGAAUUUUUUUUCCCAAAUCGCGAUUUUCGGUGCACAAAAAAGUCGACGCCCAAAUCGAAAAAUUGGCGUCAACUUGAUUUUUUCAGCACCGAAUUCCGAAAUGCGAUGCAGACUUAAGACUUUGUGUAAAACUUAGAAAAAUUUACCGAAUUUCAGAAUUAGGUGCCGAGAAAAAAAUAAGUCGACGCCAAUUUUUCGAUUUGGGCGUCGACUUUUUUGUGCACCGAAAAUCGCGAUUUGGGGAAAAAAAGUUCCGAGAUCUUAUAUGACCACCUUUAUAUAUAGGUAAAGUUAUAAAAAGUACCCGGAAGUUGGCAAACGGAAAAUGAGAAUUACAUUCAAGUAUCAAAAUUAUGACGGUUAGGACUGCUUCACUUUUGGUGUGCGUAAUUUUAAUUAUAAUCCCGGAAAGUUGAGGCUACCGAUUGCAGCCAGGAUAUUCAAAUUUUAAUUUUAAAGAUUUUAAAAAAUCUUUAAAAUUAACCAAAUUAAAAAAUUGUUUUAAAUUGUGUUAAAAUCUGCCCAAAAGAAGUCCGUCACUUUUAACCCUCUAUGAAUUAUGUCAUAUUAUUAAUGGACUUACAGAAUGCGACGCAAAUCAUUUAUAUGGCAGUGUGGGGAAAGAAGAUUCUGCCAGAGAGCGCUGGCUUCUCGUUCAAGUAGGACAGUUGACAUUAGAGUCCUGUGUGGAGGCCUGUUUUGAGUACCGAUACUGUUAUUCGGUCAGAUAUGAUGUCAAACACCCUCGACCUUGUGGAUUCUAUCUUCAUACUUCUGAAAAUUGUGAUCAGAAACCGUUAAAGAAGAUCCAAGAGAUCAGAGAGAGCUCUGAUAUUGUAAUUGUGGAGUGUCUCAAAUGUGGAGAUACCAAGAAUGGUAUGAAUGAUCGUAAUAUAUUAAUAAUGUUACAUCAAUAUAUUUAUAAUAUUAUAUCUAUUCUAGUAUUUCAAUUCAUUAGCCGUAAUUUCAGAUGGUCCCGAGUUUGGUGUGAAUUACAUAAAACGGCAGAACCGAGCAGGUACAAGUGAGUCCUUCCACUUCUCCUAAUUAUCCCUUUUCUUUCAGCCAUCGCUUUAAGUGCGGAUAUUGAGGAUAAAGGUAUGUUCGCCAUCAAAAUUAUUCACUCUCUUGGUUACUAUUUGGUUGAUUGUACUCUGUGCUUGGUUUUUGCUCACUUUUUAUUGUUAUCUGCACUAAUUCCCACCACUUUCUGCACCCAUUCACACAUUCCGAUCAUAUUUUUGAAUUUUUUAACUGUUUUUUUCGUUCCCUCAAGGUCAAACCAAUCUUUUUUUCUUCUUUGAACUAAUUGUAAAAAAUAACACAAGAUGCGUCAUCAUGACAACUACUAACUCCACCAGGGGCGUUGCUAAUCCCUCCAAAGGGUGGUAGGGGGGACCAAGGUAAAUUUUCGCCCAAGACUUUUUUCACAGCUAUCAACUGGUGGGAAAAAACGAACUCGUCGCAGCAAAACGUCGCAGAAUUGGUGCAAUCGCGCACCAAACGAUAGGGGAUUCCAAGGCGCGGCGAGUCCUUAUUAUUUUCCUGACAGACUGAUGAUACCUCUGGUCAAAAACCUCCCCCACCCCAGGAGAAUAGCCCAGCUAACGCCCUUGAAUCCCGCACUGAUACUUUUUCCCACUUUCUCACCUCAGAUUUCGGUCAUUUUGUUAUUCUUUAGCUGAAUCGACCACUCCACUGAACCUACUGGAAUCUUUUGAUGAGAUCAAAGGUGAGUUGUAAUGAUUAUUCAAAUAAUAUGCGAUGUUUAGAAUGUGACGGGACUCUCAACUAUCGAAUCUCCAUAGUAAAUAAAAACGUUCUCUCCUCAGCUACAGUAUCCACGAUCGUUGGAUCCCCCGAGGCUUGUGCUUCCGCUUGUCUCUCGACUUCUGGAUGUUCGGUAAGUUGUAAGAUAAAAGAUUAUAUUAUUUUAGAGAGCUAUUUACAUCCCUGAAGAUGGAUUAUGUCUGUUCAGUAAGAACGAUGGAGUUGAUUGUGACAGCGAAGAUACGGAUAAAUAUGAUGAGAUGGUCGAUAAAAGCAGUCCAGUCCAGCUAAAUUGCAUCCGCUGUCUUAAAUGUCUGUCGUCUCUUCAGUCUGAUCAUAUAUAUUUUUGCCUUACUGUCUAAUUAUUUACUUUUGUUUUAGCGGCGCUCAAAGUUAACGACAAAGCCUCAGAUUCUCCGCUGAGUGAGGAUUUCUCGGUUUUGGAUCAACAGAUUUUCAAGAGAUCUUGCUUGGUGACCUAUCAAGUCUAUUCUGAUCCCAAUGAACUUGGAUUUGAGACUGAUCGAGAAGCUUCCGUGAACAGGUAGCCCUGUGUAAUAGUAGUACUAAUGCUUUUUUACAGUGUGAAUGAAUGUGCCUUCAUCUGUUACCAAAAUUCUUGUUCUGGCGCCGUAUUCGAACCUCCUCAGGGCUCGUCUUUGGGUGGCAAGUGUAAAGUGGCGAUCAGAAAGAAGGAGAAAUGUGAUGCGAAUCUCCAGCGACAUUACUCUUUCAAGACCAAACAAUCAGUGGGCCUAUCUUGUUUCCGCUGUGUCCACGAAAGACCGACUACUGUCUCUCCGGAUUCCAAGUUGAUUACCUCAACAAUCAGUUCUUUGGUGCCUUCGGGGGAAAGUGAGAGUCCAAAAGAGGAUUCCACCGAUUUCCAGGACUCCAUUCAUCUGGUGCAAUUGUCCAAGGGUAAGGUUUAUUAGUCGGCGCAAAAAGUCCUGAGUUUUCCGCUCUCAGGAUUACCGGGGGAAAUCGUAAUUCUAAUCGGAAAAUGUCGGCUGCCCGCAAAGUGGUUGCCGGCAAGUGUCGCGACGCCGCAAAAGUACUUUGGAAAUUUCCAUAAAUGCCCGAAAAUACCCGGCUUCGCUGGUAUCUGGGUAUAUACCCCGUCCGAACCCUAGUGCAAAGUCGCAGAAAAUUCCACUGACUUUUUGCGCCGGCGGCUAUAUUAUUGAUUUUAUACGUUAUAGGUUGUACUAUUCAUUUCCAAGUCGAUCGGCUCCAAUCUCGGCCUUUCAAGUCAGAUUUUGAAGAGAAAACUGAAGUAGAAACAGCUGACAUUUGUGCCACAAGAUGUUAUCAGAAUGGAUGUACGGGAGCUCUGUUUAAUGCGGAGACCAAGGAAUGUAAACUGGGGUAUGAGGACAGUCAUGUGUGUAGUUACGGCCCUCUGAUCACCCAUUUUAUCCCCACCAAUCCAUCCGAAUCACUUUGGAUCCAUUGUGUCAGUUGUCGUAAGUUUUUAGAGCUAAUUCGAAAUAAUCAAUCUACCUAUAACAUUGAAUAUUUUAUUUUAGAGACCACGGUACCUCGUAAAAACUCGUUAUUUGCUCAAAAAACGACUGCCAAACCGUUGGAGAUCUCAACGACAACCAUUGAGUCCAUCAUCGAAGAAGUCAGGAAAACCACGGGAGGUUCCUUACUUGAGAAAACUACAGUAGUCCCGGAAGAAAAGACGCCUGAAGAGACUGUUAACUCGACAACUGAGCCUGAGAAAUCAAUAGAAGCGGCUACAGUAAUCCCAGAGGAAGCGGAAUCUAAAGUUAUUUCUUCUACGACGCCACCUAAAUCCACAACUGAUGGAACUGAUGUCGAGAAAUCAAAAUCAAAUGUAUCCGAAGAAAAGGAAACCCAGGAAACAACAAAAACCGAAGGUCAAACAAUGGAAGGCGAAAAAGAAACAACAGAAUCUCCAGUUCACGGGUCAACGAUCGAAAGUGAAGGAGCCGAAGUCUCAACUCAAGAAUCUCGCGGCGCUUCUGCAUCCACUACUCCCGAAUCAAUUGCGGAAAAACACACUGGCCCCAGCUUUGCUCAUGAUCUGGAGUCGGUUACUGUUACUGCCGAGUAUACUGUAGGAAAUACGGCAGAAGAUCAUCAAUCGACAUCAACAACCGAACGACCGAAAUCUGUUGGAGUUGUGCUGUCUUCAAGCAAAGGAUCGCAUGAAGAAGAGGGAUCAGAAGAAGAAGAAGAGAUCAAGAAGAUGGAAGAGCAUGAAGAAGAAGCCCCCAAGAAGUCAAAGAGCAAAGGAGAUCUCGAGAAUGCACAGAAGACAGAACCAGGGCAAAACACCGCGUUCAUCACUGAAGCUUCAAGUCCCGAGACUUCGGAGGCGACUGAAGUUGAAGGUUCUAAAACGACAACUCCAUCUGGCAGCACUGUCGAGAUUACUGCAACAAAAGAAAGCGAAGAUUCUGAACAAAAACCAACGGUGUCUUCCGCCAAAUCGACAACCGAAACAGCUUCGAUAAAAGAGGCAGAGAAUCGAACAGAACACGAAAUGAGUACUAGACAACCAGAAACUGGCACCGAAUUACCAAUCACAACACCAUCAGAGGUCGAAGAACCGACUACAGUGUCCUCGAUUAUCGAUAAAGUGGUUAGCUGGUUCUCGACGACUCCUUCGGCAGAAGAAGAAGCCACAACGGAGGCAAAGACAGUAAAAUCAUCGACAAUAUCUGAAGAAACAAUCGAAAGUGGAGUUGCUAGUAUUACUGGUGCAACAACCGAGAAGACCAGCACAGUACCAGUAGAGACGUUGAUGCCCAAACAACUAGAAGUUGUAACGAAUGCAGAAGAAGAGACGAGUCAAGGCAGAAAAACUACAGAAAGCACGGUAGAAGAAACGACGAUCCAAGUCGAUGCGAGAUUGCCAGAAGAAACACAAACUUCAGAAUCUCAGAAACCUCAGGUGGCUGAUAAUUUGGAAGGAAAAUCGGGAACUGAACCGACAGAAAUGGGAGUUGGGGAUUCGUCCACUCCUUCCUUUGCCUCUACAAUAACCCAAAAAGAAGAAACGAAUGUUGAAUCAACACCCGAAAAGCCAGAAAGUGAGUUAACAACUGUUUCAAGCGAAGAGAAGUUGGACACUUUACCGGAAGUAACAACUCCCGCUGAGACUACAGUAACCCCGAAGACAGAACCAAUCGCUGAAGAAACUUCCAAGCCCGAGGUUGAGGAAACGACGGCCAAAGAAAAACUACAGACUCAGACAACAAAGGAAGAAAUAGAGGCAUCAACUGGAACUACAGUAAUCCCAAUAACGGAAAGAAUUGAAGAAUCUUCACAUGCCGAGGUUCAGGCAGAGAACCAAUUACAACAAACUGAAUCUACUGCAGAACCACCAGAAUCUAAAACAGAGAUUGUAGUCCAGAGCACAGUUAAGAAAGCUGAAUCUCAAGAGGAAGAGGAAGUUACGGCGGCUGAAACUAGUCAAGCACCUGAAAAGGAGGCUGAGAAAGUCUCACAAACCCCAUUAAGCUUACAAAAUGAAGCAGAAGUCGAGGAGACAACUGCAGGAGGGCUUGAGGCCACCACGGGUAGAGUAGAAGGAGACGUAACGGAAGGCGAGGCUAAAACAUCCACAGAGUCUUCAGGAGAACAUGCAACACAAAAGGUAACAUCGCCGGAAAGUGUCGUUGAGGAGGAGAGGAAUACAACCAUAGCAGCUGAAGAAAAGACUGUAGGGAAAUCAGAGGAGGAGACAACGCGUGGUUACACAACUCCUGAGGGCACGACUGAAUCUUUGGUUAGAUCAACAACAGUUGCAGUUGAAAGUAGUGUUACCAGAGAGGCCACCGAAACUAGCACAUCCACGAUUAGCGGAGAGGAAUUGAAAAGUCUUCAGACAGCAACCGAAAGUGAAACCUCUGCAAAGUCAGGAGAGGAAGACAAAGAUGAAGGCUCUACAAAGGCUGACGAGGAAAGGAGUACAACCGCGGCCAACCUGAGUGAUGAAGCUGUAAGCACUAGUCAGCCUUCAGAAAAAGCGGAUGAAGUAACUGGAACCACCGGAGCUGUCGAAGCAAGAACUCAAGAAGCUUCUGUUAGCGAAGUCGGGGAAUCCACAACAAAAUCAGCAACAGAAAAAGAAGUUGUUGACGCGACAACAUCCGAAGUCUCAGUGAAGUCAACAGUCAGAGUGUCUGAACAAUUAGAAGGAGAGACAACCGUCGAAAAGCUUGCCUUUACUACACAAGAGCCAUCAGAAUCUACGGCGGGAACUCGAUUAAGUAUUGUUGAGCACGUUAAAUCAUCUACUCAGACUGAAAAAGAGACCUCUAGAGCGACCACAGAAAGUGUAGAAGCAGUAACAGAAAGUGAUGAAGAGAAGUCGACGGCAACAAAAGGAGUCGAACCUACCACUAGAGGCGAAGAAGCAGUAGCUGAAUCCGUCACCACAACAGCUGAAACGGCAAAAGAAAAUGAAGGUGAAGCGACAACUGCAGAAGGUUUCCCCACAACUCCAGCAGCAGGUGCAGAGGCGCCAGGUUCUACAGUGUCAUCUGGAGAUGAGAAAUCGACGACAGAAAAAACUGAGGAUAAUACUACGGUGUCCUCUCAAGAAACCGUUGAGGUAAAAGCGCCAAAGGUUGAACAAACCACGGAAUCCAGCGUCAGAAAGGAAACCAAGAAGGGAGAAGAAACCACAAAAUCAGGACACGAAGAAGUAGAGGAGACUACAGCUAACAUUGAAGAACAAAAUACUCGCACACAAUCUGGAAAAACUGCUGAAGACAUUAAAGGGGAAGAGACUACUGUAUCUGCAACAAGUCAAACGGCUAAAGAAGAAGAAGUUAGGACCACACCAGCUAGAGUGUCUGAGACAACUGAAAAGAACAUAGGCGAGCAAGAAGAAUCUGAAAUUACAAAAGUAGAAUCAAAGGUUACUGCUUCUGAAGAACUUGAAACCACUGCAGCAACUACAGAAGGACUAACCGAGGGCGCUAAGUCUCCAAAGGUGGAAGCGACAACCGAAUCUGGAGAAACUAUGAAUCCAACUGAAACAACAGAGAAACAGGGCAUUCACGCAGUCACUUCAGCUGAACACCGUGUCACAGGGCCACCGGAGGGCCAACGAAAAGUGACUGGAGAACCUGGAGUUACCACAAUAUCCGGAGAAGGAGUGACGACGGUAUCUGAAGAAAAAGAAGCUCGAACUACUGUAGAAUCUACAGAGGAAGUGUCGUCUUCAUCUCCAAGUUCAGUCACCGAAAACAAGAAGAUAGACCUGAAUCAAGACGAAAGAGUCACCGAAUCCAGUGAAAAGUUUAAGUCGUCAACUCCAGAAACAAAUGUUGAGAAUUCCGAAGAGCCUUCUGAAUCCACGCAACAGUCAGCUAAAGAAUCGACUAAAACUUUUGCUGAAACCACUGCAGCAUCCGAAGAAAAGGUCAUAACAGAAGUAGUACCCUCUACGACCACUGGAUCUAUAGCACAGAAUGUUACAACUUCAGAAAGAGAACCAACGACUCCAUCAACUGUGGAGCAAACAACGGUUACCUUCUCAUCCAUCGUCAGCACGAUAGGUGGUUGGUUCUCAACAACUGAAUCUCCAUCUGAAGAAAGCACCAAAGCAAACGUAGAAACUGAAUCAACUGCAUCUUCUGUAGAUAGCAGUACGGUCGAAGAAGUUUCGAUACUCCUGAAUCGCCCAGUACAGGAACGGGUCCAUAAUAUUAAUCACAGUGAAGCUGUAACUUCAAGUGAAAUUCAUCCAGAAGAAACAACAUUGCAAAGUGUAACCACGGAGGGGACAGAGAGAUUACAAUCGUUGACGGGAACUACAGAGGAAAAUAAAACUGCUGUAACUACCGAAGAAAUGGCUGAAUCCAUCUCUGAAGCCAAAACUACAGUAAUUGUUGAUAUUGGAGAAAGCGAUCGAACUACUUUGUUACCAACAACUCCAGAAUUAAAAACCAAGGACAUUGAAGAGGGAACUUCUGAAAGUACUUCAAUAAAGCAAACGACGGAAACUCCCAGCGAACAGAGUACUGUAAAAGGUUCGGAGGAUGUAUCAACAGUGGAAGGCAAUGCUCCAACAACUCCAGAAGUCUUAGAGAGUGAAGACAAUCUGGCUGAUGCAGUAACCCUCGGAACUAAAAAUGUUUCUGCAACUUCCGAAGCAGAAAUUGAGUCAUCAACGAGCCCUAAAGCUGACGGAGUUACAAAACAUGGUAGCGAGCUUACGACGUCUAAAGACAUCGAUGAGACAACUGAUUCCGUCACAAAACUUCCAACAACCGAGGCUACUAAUGGAUCAGAAGGGACCACUGAAGCCACUAUUCAAGUGACGCAUGCUGAAACUGAAUUUAAAACUGGACAGUCAACCAUGAAGACUCCGUCUGAAGCGGUGAAAAAGACAACAGAUGGACCUGAAAGUACAAAGAGUACUGUAACUUCAAGUGUUGAACAAACGUCAUUAUCUCUAGAACAAACAAUUAAGGGCGAAGAAAAAGUUGAAGCUGCAACAAUUUCUGGGCUCCAUGAAAAAGUUGUAAGUGCUACUGAGGCUGUUGAGGAAAGCACCGAAGAGUCUGAAAUUGCAAAAGUAACAGGUACUGAAAGUUCUACUCAAUCUGAAACGGUAACUUCUGCUAAACCCAAGACAUCAACCGCUGAAAAAGAAGAGGAAGUAACUGUAGAGGCAACGGCUACUCCAAAAAUCGAAGCUCAGGCCGACCUUGAAGCUGAAGUCGUUACAACAUCUAGUCUAGGGCCAACGGCAGGUGCAGUAGGAAGCACUCUGCAAUCUGAAGGAGAAAGCACGCCCACACCACAGACGGAGAAUCCGGAAAAAAAGAUCACGGAAUCGGAAGAGACAGUUAAAGAAACUACUGAACGUCCUGGGAAGCCUACUCAAUCAGAGGAAAUAACUACCAUAGCCCCUGAAGCAACUUCAGAGAAAGAAGAGGGAACAACUUUUGUUGUAAACGCUGAAGAAGUUUUGCUGCUAAACGAGACCACUGAUAACGACGAACGUCUUAAAUUGAAAGAAAUUGAGAUUCCCACAACUACAGGAGUCUCUGGAACUACAAAUGAACUGACAACGUCUAAUCCCAAAGUAGAAGCGCAAGCAGAUCAUGAAGCUGUUACGAAGUCAAGUGUAGAAUCUGAGGGUGUUGUAGAGACUACGAAGAUUCAAGAAAAAAACACUGACAGUCCUCAUGUUGUAAGCUCAGAAGAGACUACUACAGAGUCCCAGGGGGUAGCGGAAAGUGAGGUAUCUACAGUAGCCGGAAUUGAAGUCACCACUGUCAGCGAAAGUGAGAAGACAACUGGACUGCCAGAAGAAAUCAGAACAACUGAAGUCAGUAAGGAAGCUGCAGAGGAAGCCACAAAGAGCCCAGAGAUUCAAAUACCAAUUGCUUCUCAAAAAGGAACUUCCACGGAACCUCCAAUUUUCACUACAGUAGAAACGACAGUGGAGAAAGCCGAGCCAUCAACUGCUUCGGUAACAACAAAGAACCCAGAAACCGAGACACCAAUCGGAUUAAAUCAGACGUCCAUUCAAGCUUCCAAACCUCAAAAAGAGAAAGAAGUCAUCCAAACUACAACUAUAUCAUCUGAAGUGACAUCGGGCGUUGAAACAAUGACAUCUGAAGCCGCUAGAGCUACAGAAAGGGAAGAUGAAUCCACCACAGUUCCCGACAUAGGAGCCAAGAAUUCCGAAGAGCAAGAGUCAACAACACUCUCCACAGAAUCUGAAGAAGGAGAAAGCACUGCAGGCAAGGAAGGAACCCUAACAACAGUAUCUUCUGAAACUACUGUGGCAGAGACGAAAGAAAUAGGGCCCACAACGACACCCCAAGAAGAAAAAGCAACGGAGGUUACAACAAAGUCUGCUGGUGAAAUCGAAGCAACUGAAUUAUCAACUGAGGGAGAGAUAAACUUGACGGCUAAAGAACCUGCCAAGACAACUGAGGAAUCUUUAGAAGUGACCGCAAAGACUGAGGAACCAGUAACAACUACUGCAAAUACUAUUGCAUCCAUUAAUGAAGUCAUCUCUUCCAAUUUAUCAACAACAAACCCAAAUGAAAAAGUGGAAAGUAAAAAUGAGAAAGAAGAGCUAACGACAGAAUCUGCGAAUGUCCAAGAAGCGACAUCUGAAGCGACAACUUCUGCUCCCAAAAUAGAGGCUCAAACAGAUCUGGAGGCAGGAGUGGUUACAACAGAAAGCUCAGCAGCAGAACUAACUUCAGAAUUCACAACAACCACAACGAAGAUCGAAGAGGAAAGCACAGUCAAUCCUCAGGCCGGAAGCCCAGCAGAAACGACCAGAGGGUCUGAAGAGGCUGCCAAAAUAGCCACUGAAAGUUCUGUAAAGUCUAGUCAAUCGGAGGAAGUUACUACCUUGCUGCCCGAAGGAACCACCGUUUUGAGCACAGAGGAUCUUUUACUAUUAAAUCAGACCUCUGGAACUGGAGUUCUAAAAUUGAAAGAAAUCGAACUAACUUCUACUACCGAAAUAAAUGAAGUAGAGGCUACCCCAAAAAUCGAAGCUCAGGCCGACCUUGAAGCUGAAGUCGUUACAACAUCUAGUCUAGGGCCAACGGAAGGUGCAGUAGGAAGCACUCUGCAAUCUGAAGGAGAAAGCACACCCACACCACAGACGGAGAAUCCGGAAAAAAAGAUCACGGAAUCGGAAGAGACAGUUAAAGAAACUACUGAACGUCCUGGGAAGCCUACUCAAUCAGAGGAAAUAACUACCAUAGCCCCUGAAGCAACUUCAGAGAAAGAAGAGGCAACAACUCUUGUUGUAAACGCUGAGCAACCUUUGCUAUUAAACCAGACCACUGGCAACGACGAACUUCUUAAAUUGAAAGAAAUUGAAGUGACCUCAUCCACCGCUGUUACUACUGGAGUAGAAAGUGAGAUUACAGCGUCAUCUUCGACUGCUCAUGUUGAAUUCCAAGAACAAGAAACGGGAACGGCAGAGGCAGUAAGUGAUGCUGCAGAGAAGACUGGGUCGACCACAAAGAUUCCAGGACUGCAGGUGACGACUGAUGGUCUAGAAACCACAGAAAUCCCUGUAAAAUUUAUUACCAUAGAGGCGGAAGUAGAAAAAAGUGAAAAUGCCAUAACUCAAACAACUGAAAGCUCUGUCGCCAUAGAGAAGGUAGUAUCUUCAACACAAAAUUCUAACGAAGGAUGGGAAACAACAGCUUCCUCUGCAUCAACUGAGAACACGGAAAGUGUUGAUCACGCAUCCAACACUUCAACGGCACAGUUUGAGGCAACAACAGUAAACCCAGAAGUUGGAGAAGUAACGGAAAAUGCAGAAACCCAGCACGCUGAACUUUCCGAAGUGACCACCAACCUUCCAGAACAUACGACCCUAGAUUCCGAACAUACUUCUGAAGAACCAGAGGUUAAAGAAGGUCACACAACGAAAGAGGUUGCUGCAGAAAGUACGGAUCGUUCGACCGUUGAAAAGGUUGAGGCUGCGACACAACAGACUGCAACGUCGUCUGGCAUUCAGAAAGAAAACACGAGCACAGGAGUUGAACAGACUACGGAAGCUUCAGAUGGGCAAGAAACCACAGAACCUGCAACGUCUGGUGAACAACACACCACCGUUGAGACUUUUGAAGUCACAACACAAAAAUCAGAUGAGCAGAUAUCAAGACAGGAAGAAACAGCUAGUACAACGCAAAGAGAAGGAACUGUGGAAACAACUACGCAAUCGAUUGAAGGCCAAGAAAAUCAGAUUGCAACAGGCGCUACAGAAGAACCGGCUGUAAGAAAAGAACAUGUCCUGGAUCACAAAGAAAAGGAAACGGAAACGUCUACCGCAAUCGGGACAACAGAAGGAACUGAGACCCAAAAGACUACAGAAAUUGAAAGCAGUUCGUUAAGAGAAGAAGUAAAAACUGAAGGGACUAAAGGAGGAAGUAAAGCAACAACAGCAGGAGGAGUUACCGAAGGAAAGGUCGAAGUUACAACUACUGAAUCAACUGCAGAAAGCCAAGAAGAAAAAACAAUUCAAAGUGUAGAAGUCACAACUAUUACACUUUCAGAAGAGACAACAUCUUCAAACAAAUCGAUUGGCCAAACGACGGCUGAAGGGGUUAAGGUCACAACAGAAACCUCCGAGUCAUCCACUUUGACCGAAGUUGAAACAACAUCAGAGCCAGAGCCCUCCAAGGCAGAAGAAACUGCUGUAACUGAAGAACCGUCAGGUAAAACAACCAUCGCUGUUGAAGUAACCAGUUCACCGCCAGAACAUAUUAUUGUUCAUGACGAAAGUGUUUCAAAGGAAACCCAAGUAUCAACUCCCAAAUCAGAAGAAGAAAUCGGCACUACCGGAGGACCCGUGGAAAAAACGACAGCUGAAACGACGGAAAGGACAACUGAAUCUUUUCUAUCUGGUGAGAUGGCGAAAGAAGCGACUACAGUAACCGCCGAAGGAAAUGUUGUUUCGUCUUCUGAGAAACCUUUGGAAACUGAAACUUCUUUAGGCCAAGAACAACGAACUACAACAGAGAGUGGGAAAAACACAACCAAGGAGUCAGAAGUCGUCACAGAAUCUGAAAUUGCUCUAACUGAAGCAUCGGCCACAACUUCGGCCAGAUUUAAAACAUCGGAAGAGCCACCAACAACGACAGAAUCCUCAGGUUCGAUCAGAGCAAGUCUUAAACCAAUUGUUUUCCCGGCUGAGCACACAGAGAAAAUUGCUCCAACUACAGAAGCAUCUGAAUCUACCAGUGUUACUGCAACAAAUAAAGAUGAAGAAGAAGCAAGCGCAACAAGAACAUUAGAAGACACCAGAACAACAGUCCGAGAAGUAGAGGAAACCACAACUCAUGGAGUCGAAGAGAACACAAAGCAAUCUGAAGGAUCAACAAAAACUUCUGAAGCUAGUACUUCCGGCGGUUUGGAAGAGACAACCGAGACUUUCAGGGCUUCUGAAUCUCCAUUCAAAACAGAAACUCAAAAGAAUUUGGAGGGUGAAAAUAAAGAGCCUGAGGCUACAACAAAUGCUGAGGUUGAAAUUUCACAAUCCACACCCAUUUCACAUGGCCGAGUUACCGAAAAGGUCACCGUAGAAGGAGCGUUUGUCAUCGGGGAGGAUAAAAGCGGGGAAAAUGAAGGAACUACUACAGAACUGCCAACAACACAGGAAGAAAGUGCAUCGGGAAGAGUAACUGAAAGCAAUGCACAGCCUGAAAAGUCCACUUUGAAAUCUGAAAUUGAAGAGAAGAUCACGGAAUCUGGAAUUGAAACAACUUCUUUGACAAGUAAUACUCCAGGCCUUGAAAGAGUCAAAUCUGAAGAACUCCUUGAAGAAGCUGAGGCUACAACGGUCGCUAAAGGAACUGGAGCUACAACUGAAUCAGUCAAAGAGAAUUUGACCAUAGAAUCGAAAGAGGAUAGUUCAACUAAGGCCACAGAAAAAUUGACUGCAGAGGCUGAGAAUAAAACCCUUGGAACUGGUGUUACAGAGGAAGCCGACACAACUUCAGCAGCGACUAAUAUCAUCUCCAGCACUAUUGCCGAACCCAAGGUUGAAGAACAACUCCAAGGGAAGCAAGAGGCCGUUGAAGUUACCAUUGCCGAACAAGGAACAACUGUCUCCACAAGUGGAACCGAAGAAUCCGAGAAAGUGAUAACUGAAGCAAUAGUUACCGCAACUGAAGAGGAAAAGAAAGAGAGCGGAGAAAAAGAAGAGACAGAAAAAACGGAGCCUGAUGCAACUACGGGCACUAGUACUGCGGCAUCGGAAGCAACAACCGUGGAGUCAUUAGAGAUUCAGGAAGGUAAGACGACCACCGGGACACCGUUUGAUGCUACUUCUUUAUUUUCUGAAGUUGUGCAUCCGUCAACAAUCCACAUCGAGAACCAAGAAGACGAGAAAACACCUCGAUUGUCGGUCGAAACAACAACCACAGGUGUUGGAAUCGAGAUUGUGAAGGUUGAACAUGAAGAAACGACCGAAAAAUCGGUAACGGAGGGUGAAAGUGUGGUUACAACUACAGGAGUAAUAACUGAUCAUGCAAGUACUACAGAAGUACACGAAAAAACAUCAGAAGUCCCAAUAGAAAUUACAGAAUCAGUCAAAGAGACCAAGGUGACAACAGAAGCAUCUACUUUGGGAACAGAAUCCGAGGAAACGUCUAACGUUGAAACAGAGUCAUCAACCAAACUUGAAAUCCUUUCUCACAAAGAUGGGGAACAGACAACCGUUGUUCAUGCCACUACUGAGAUAACCUGGGAAUCAUCAACAUCCGAGAAGUUGGAGACAUCAACCAAGGCUUUGGAGGAAGAAAUCCACAAAAUAAUUAAUGAUGACGCAGAGGCCGGGAUGAAACCAGAAAAUGGAACUUCUAAAGCCACCACUGAGACCUCUGUUUCCGAAGGCCCCCAAUCAACUGCCAUGUUGAUAGAUGAGGUAUCCCAAACAACAUCAGAGUCCAUCCUUUCCACCGUCGAACAGACAAAAGCAGAGGUUGUGCAAGAAGCUGAAGCUGCAACCAAACCUCAUAAAGAAGCGUCUGAUUCUAUAACGGAAACCACCCUUCGUCCACCCGAAACUACCGUAUCUCAGACUACAGAAUCUAGUGUAAAAGCAACCCAAGAAUCCGAGUUAGAGGUUACCAGCCAUUCGGAAGCAACUACAGAAUCUCCGGAAUUAACAACACUGGAUAAGAUUUUAACAGGAUUCACAAAAAUCUCUCGUCCAGAAACCACGACCUCUCAAGUGGAAGAAGAACGCUUGACAAAUCAGACCGAGGUCGAGACCAAUGAGAAAGAGGCCACAACUGAGGCAGCGGUUAUUGCAACUGAAGGUGUAACUGAGGUAUUUCCCAUCGCGAGACCAACCACAGAGGAAUUUAAAGAAACUGAAGGAACUCCAGAAUUGGAAAAAGUAACAGCACAGAGCCCAGUUUUGUCCAGUACUGAAUUAUUGGCUACUGUUUUAAGUUCCGAAUUGCCAUCUUCAACUCAACAGACUCCAACAAUCAUUGUCUUUAACAAGACCAUCCAAGAAUCUACCAAAACUGAAGUCCAAUCGACCACAGGAUCCUCGGUAGAGACGACGAAUGAGAGUAUUGAGACUACUACUGAAGAUAAUAGUAUUGUAAAGGCAGUCAGCGAGUUGGUGGACGUUUUGGGAACACAAGAAAGUGAGUCUACCUAAAAUAGCUACUUAGAAUUGCCACUGGUUCUUAUUUGUUCCCCUUAACUUUGGUUUUCAGCAACUUUGGAGCCUCCCGUUCAAGCAGUUUCCGAGUUGGUGGAUACUUUGAGCAAUCAGAAGGAUGUUGAGGCCAUCAUUAAAGACCAGCCAUCUGUUGGUAAGUCAUCGUUAUCUCUUUGUAUAUUUCGUUAUUCCUAUUUUAGGUUGUGAUGACAAUGGAAUUUAUUUUGCUGCUAAACCCUUGGAAGAUUACUCCCAGACGUUUGAGUUAGUUUUGGCUUCCAAUUCCAUUAGAACUUGUGUAAAGUCAUGUCUUGAACUCAAAUGUAGCAAGGCGGCGUUUACUCGUUUCCCCAGAAGUGCUUGUCUCUUACAUUUUGAGGAUGGAAAUCCGCUUCCAUCCACUUGUGAGGGAUCGAAGUUGCAUCAUACAUGGAGGUUAACCAAAUUUGAUGAAGUUGUCGAUAUCACUUGUAUUCAAUGCGGUAAAUUAAAACUUUUUAAGUUAAAAUAUUGUUUUAGGGGAGAACCGACAAAAGGAUGACGCUGUAAAAGAAGAUGUUUCGUUUACAGAGACAGAAUUUACUCCGAUUAUCAAGCGUCAAGGUAAUAUUUAUACAGUAAUUUUAAGGAUAUUUAUGUAGUAAUUGUACGGAUUUUUAUACAGUAAUUGUAAGGACUGACAACUUCUUUUCAGGCUUCUCCAACAAAUGCAACGGUCGAGUUGAAUUCAAACUGGUGGCUGUUAACAAGCUCCCCAAGUUGAAUGUAACGAACGAUGUAGCCGCUGACACGCCCGCUGACUGUGCUCAGAAAUGUUUUGAGACUGUAAGCUUUUACUUUUUAUUAUUAUAUAUAUUUGAAAAUUAAUUAUAGGAAGGAUGUACCACUGCUGGAUUUGUUCCAAUCUCCCACACCCAGACCGGGCAAGGGGUCUGUUUGACAACUUCAGAUCAUGCCAGUUGUCUCGAUUCGGUUGAAUACACCCCUCAGCAUGCAUCCACAGUUCCAUUUGUUAUCUCUUGUAUUAGAUGUACAAGUAAGUAACCUGAUUAAUAAUAUUUCAUUAUUACUUUAGAAUGCGAUUACCAGCUGACUCAAGUCACGUCAAGAAAUCAUCCAUCCGUUUUUGAGAAGAAAACAACGACAAAUUCAGUCUCUGAAUGUGCAGAGUAUUGUAGCAAACACAAUUGUAAAUCAGCAGAGUUUGACCCGACAUCCUCGAUUUGUUCUUUAUCAUUGACUUCCCCUGAGGCAGCCAAAUGUCCACGAAAUGAAGUCGCCCUCGAAGUGAAUGGGAUCUUCCCGGUUCGUCUAGAAUGUGUAAAAUGUUCUUAA